UGUACGUUAAGCCAAAGACAGCAAAAAAAAAAAAAGCAUUUCCCUUGAACUUAUGUCAUACAUAUGCUUGGUGGACAGGGUUUCCUAUCCUCCAUGGAGUCGCAGCGUAGGCGGCAGGAAGCUGCAGGAAGUGGGAAACCUGCCACCUGUCAUUUGACUCGGCACGUUCCGGUCGCACGCUAUGGUCAGGCGGACCAACUCAUGUUCAGCUGAAUCGUCACAUCCUGGUACUAGCACCAGGCGAUCAAGCUCGAGCCCCCGGCGGCGGCGGCCAUGUCAUCGUCGAUAUGGCUCCCCUGCUCCUGGCUACGGCGGGCUCUAUGGAAGCCGAACCCAAAGCAACCGAGAUGAGCCGAUCCGACGAGCAUCACGCGCGCUCCAUAUCGCAGACGCUGUUCUGCGCGCUCCUGCCGGCGUGCGUCACCUCGCGCGCUCUCUUCGAGCCUGCUGGUUCCGACUACGUCGGCCUGGCGAUCUACGCCGGCCUGCUGUUCGUCACGGCGGUUACGUACGCCGGCAUGUUCGCGUCCAGCAGGGCGAGCGGCGGCAAGGCCUCCCUGCGCGUCGUGGCUUGCGCCGCUAUCGCCGUUCUGACCAUUGCGGCGGGGUCGCAGCUCUCCGGGGCGGCGCACGUUGCUGCCGCUGCUUUCAUGGGUGUGGUGACGAGCUUGAUCGAGGCCAUUGCCAUGUGAAACCUGCGCUGCAAAUUGAAAUAUGUCUAGUUGUUUCAAUUAGGCCAUGAAAACAAUAAUAAAAUUAAGUAUUACU